AAACCAUGCGAACUCAUAUCUCAUUCAUAUCUACAAACUCUCUCGUUCAACGAGAGUCGAGACCCAACAAAAUUAGCUGAAUUCGAAUCCCAUCAUCACAAGUAAAAGGAAAUGGUAAUGGGAUCAUUACUUCACCUCAAUUCAUACAGUUUAGCUUCUUCUUCUCUUUCUUCAUCACAAAUCUUUGGCACCCAAUUUCUUCAAAUACCCAAAUCAUUUUACGCCACCUUACCACCGUCCUCCUCCAGCAGAGGAAGAAUCAGGGCAAUUGGGACAAUCCCCGGCAGUGAAUCGACGACGGAUUCCGUUGAGGAUCCGUCUUUAGUGAAAUUCGCAUUCGUCAGUUCUGUGCUGCUUCCAGAUGGGUCACCAGAUGUUCAUUUUAGGAGUGCUUGUGGAGGUCCGAAGCUUAGAGACAUAAUGAUGGACUUAAAUAUUGAAUUAUAUGGUCCAUAUUCCAGACCCUUGCUCAACUGCGGCGGCGGAGGAACUUGUGCUACUUGCCUAGUUGAGGUGGUAGAAGGAAAACAAUUGUUGAGUCCUAGAACAGAGAUAGAGAAGGAAAAACUCAAAAAGAAACCGAAGAACUGGAGACUUGCUUGUCAAACUACAGUUAUUGGGACAACAGAAUCUCAAGAUUUGGUUGUGAUACAACAACUGCCUGAGUGGAAGGCCCAUGAAUGGGGACGUGAUAGAAUUCCCCGUCCUCCUUAUGAUGAUUCAGAAUCCUGAAAUAUCAAAUAAAUGCAAUUUUUUCUCAUUCUUUCCUUUUUAUUAUACAAAAUUGUGUAAUUAAGCAAAUAUGAAUUUUAUGUAGUUGUGAUUUCAUGUUAAUUUGAGAUUUUCAUAAGUUCAA